AUGCCGAGCAUCUUCGAGCUCCCCGACGAUCUCCUCGCGUCCCUCCUCGAGAGCUUCCCCUGUCGCGAUGCCCAGAUCAGAGCCCUAGCAACGCUGCUCUACCCCCGGGCCGCGCCAUGCCGUAACAUCGUCAUCCACGGCACGGAGGCCACGGGCAAAAGCGCUGUUACCGCGCGUCUUCUCGAAGCCCUAUCUUCACCUGCUGCUGCUUCUGCUUCUGCUACCGGCGAUGCCCCCCCCCUUCUCAGCUACGCCAUCGUGAAGUCGGUCGAAUGCGUCACAGCUCGGCAUCUGUACGAGCGGGUCGUCGGGCAGGUAGCCAACGCCCUGCGGUGGGAGGAGGAGAGGGAGAAGGAGGGCAGGGGAGCGCUCGGCCGUUGCGAGACGGUUGCCGCUCUAACGGUGGAGCUUACGAGGAUGCUGAAAUACGACCAGCCUCGUGAGAGAGACUCGAGGUUCGUGUUGGUAUUCGACGACAUCGACCGCCAGAGGGAGGCGCCGCCAACCUUAUUACCGGCUUUGGCCAGGCUCUCCGAGAUUAUCCCCAACCUAACAACGAUAUUCAUCCUCACCGCCCCGUCCCCGUCCCUCCUCCGCCUCUCCUCCGCCCCGCAGCUCUACUUCCCGCCCUACACGAAACCCGAGUACGUAACGAUCCUCUCGCGCCCGCCCUACGCCCCCCGGCCCUCCCUCCCGAACACCACCCCCCAGGAGACAGCCGACCUCUGGGCCCGCUUCGCCGCCGCCGUCCACGACGCCCUCGCCAAGCCCGCCUCCCGCUCCCUCCCCGGCCUCGCCCGCGCCUGCGCCGCCCUCUGGCCCAGGUUCACCGCCCCCGUCGCCGCGGGCACCCACCGCGCCCGCGAGUUCACGAAGCUGCUCGUCGCCGCGCGCGCCUACUUCCAGGACGAAUCCGUUCUCGAACCCGGCAUCACGCUCGCCAACAAGGGGCCCGUGUCUGCCGUCGCUAAGGCGGGGGAGAAAGAAGCACGCAGCAGUAACAGCAGUAGCAAAGACCUAGCCGUCCUCCUCCCCCCCACAGCCCGCCUCCUCCUCAUCGCCGCGUACCUCGCCUCGCACAACGCGCCGCGCCACGACCAGACCAUCUUCAGCACCUGGCACUCGGGACGGAGGCGGCGGGGGGGCGGCGGUAUGGGUGUGGCGCACCACAUUACCAAGAAAGCAAAACACAGGAAGAUCGCCCGCAAGUUGUUAGGCCCCGGCGCUUUUGUGCUGGAGCGCAUGGUUGCCAUCUACGCCGCGACGCGCCGGGAGUGGCUCAGCGACGAUAACGACGCCGGUGAUGGCCAACAACCCACUGUGGACGGAGACGUCGGCAUGGCCAUUGCGACGCUGGCGAGCUUGCGCCUGCUUGUUCGUGUCGGGGGGGCCGGCGGAGCGGGGGAUACGAUGGAUCGCGGUGGGAAGUGGAGGGUAGGAGUUGGGUGGGAAGUCAUACGGGGCGUUGGGCGGAGUAUGGGGGUUGAAGUUGAGGAGUGGCUCGUCGAAUAG